AUGCUUCGAAAACCAUAUUCUGAUUCUUCAGAAUUUAUAUCAUUGUACAAAGCUAGAAAUGACGAUCGUAUAAAAGCUAUAAACGAAAAAUAUGAAAUGAUAUUGAACAAUUUACAAAUGUAUCAGAUCUUUGAUUUGUUAGAAAAACAUGAAUCAGAAUGUAAUAUAUGUUUUGAAGUAGGAACUACUUUUAAAUGUUUAAAAUGUGCUUUUCAUUCUCAUUCUGAUUGUUAG